UGUUGUGCAUGAACUUGGAGUUGAAAAAAAAGCAAAAUUGGAACAAGAUCUUCAGUUGGCAAUAAAGCCCCAACUAUCAAUUGCAAUAUCAAAACAAAGAUCACGCUUAAGUUCAGAAAUUGAACAAUUGAUGUACCCUAUACCUCCCAAUGUUCAAAACGAUUCACGGAUAUUCCCAUCAGAUGAUGAAUAUUUGGUUACAAUGCUUUAUUUAUGCACCGACUUCAUCGAUAAAUACUCACAAGAUUAUGAUCAUGUAGAGUUAAGAAGAAUACUGGAAAUAUUUGGGGAUUUAUUGAGAGAGAUAGGAGAUAGAACUAUAAGUGGUUUUGAUGAUGCCUUUAAAAAAUGGACAGAUGUGCAUUGUAGUGAUGAUGAUAAUCUUUUAAAGCAAGAUAAAGGCACAUGGUUUUUAAUAUUUUUUGUGGUAUUGGUUAGUCGAAAUCUGGUGAAAAUUGAGACGAUCAUCACAUAUCUUUGCAAUACUAAUCUUGCACGGCUUGUGAACAAAUUAUUCUCUAGCAAACCAUUAGAUUCAAGGGAAUUGAUCAACUGUAAGAAUUUAAUUAUUCUUACAAGAUUGUUACUUUUGAUAAAAGAUCAAAAUAAUAGGUCGCCAGAAAUGCAAUUAUUUACACAUGCAAAAAAUCUUAAGGAAAUUUAUUCCAUGUUUCAUAGAUUUGCAAUAAUCGAAUAUUCACUAGAUCCGGAGAAUGAUUGCAGUAUUAAAGAUCAGCUUCGAUGUUUAAGAAGAGAUUUUUCCAAGGUUUUCUGGUUCAAACAUUUAUGUACAGUUAAUCCAGAAAGUGUAUAUGAACGAUUUGUGAUGGGAUCUAAGAAAAUCAAAAGUGCCAAGGAACUUGGAAAACGUUUAAUAGAGGUUCUUAAGAUGGCACUACAAGAUGAAACUAACACAAUAA